AUGGCUUCAUCUCAGCUCGAUAUCUUUAUUCGGGCUCUGUCCCGGCUUUUGGGCUGGAUAUAUACGGCGUGCUGGUCAGCAUCCUUUUAUCCUCAGCCCAUCUCCAAUGUUAAGCGGGGCUCGACGGCAGGCACAUCGAUCGAUUUCCCCUCGAUCAAUUGUUUAGGAUUUCUAUGCUACACCAUCUACAAUGGUGCUUUCCUGUAUUCGCCCGUGAUUCGCUCCCAGUAUGCAGCCCGGCACCCGCUGUCGGAAGAGCCGACAGUCCGCUUCAAUGACCUGGCCUUCGCAGUUCACGCGGUGAUCUUGAGCGUCGUCGUCUAUACGCAGUUCUGGCCAAUCAUCUGGGGUCUGCAGGUCUCCCGGUUUCAAAGGAUCAGCAGGCCCAUGGCGGGCCUGUUUUGGGGGUCCGUCUUGGCACCAGUAAUUGUGAUUUGGAUCGUUCUGUCCAAGAGCCCCGACGGGGGCUAUGACCCUUCGACUUGGGCGUGGAUCGAUGUGGAACCGUUCAUUUGUCAGAUCUAUUCAUUCUCUUACAUCAAGCUCGUGAUUACGGUUGUGAAGUAUAUACCUCAGGCGUGGAUGAAUUACCGGCGUCAGUCCACCUUGGGCUGGAACAUCAACCAAAUCUUAUUAGACUUGGCAGGUGGUGUACUGUCGUUACUUCAGCUGGUCAUGGACUCAAGCCUCCAGGGUGACUGGAGCGGCAUCACCGGUAAUCCGGUUAAGCUUUUCCUGGGGAACAUUACGAUCGUUUCCGAUCUGAUCUUCAUAACCCAGCACUAUGUUCUAUAUCCGGGGGCUGAGUCUAAGCCAGUGAUUGGGACUUCGGAUCCCAACUUGAUCACUCCUCUGCUGGCAGGUGAAGAUGAGUCAACUGAAGGCAUAUGA